AUUAGGGAGUAAAAUUGGCCGUGGCAAAUGGCGGAUGGAUGAUGGCACUCCGCGGCAAAACCAGAGCCGCAAUGAGAUGCUUCUUCCUCACUCAGCAACAACUCCGACUCCCGCUUCCGCUCACCCCAUCUUCCGCCGCUGACAUUUCCUCCAUCUCCGCACCUUCUUCUCACCGCUUCUUCUCCUUCACCUGCUCCUCGCUCUUCCGUCACUCGCCGCUUUUCGCUCCGUCAAACCAGGCUUUCUCUCGUCCGAUUUCAUUUCGGGAACUUCAUUCGUCUCCACCUUCGAUUCGUUCGUUCGCAGCUCGAGGCCUCCAAACCAUGCCUAAUUCGGAUUCCGUCACUUACCUCACCCAGCGUGAAGCUGCCGAGGUCGAUGAGAUUCUCAUGGGGCCUCUCGGGUUCAGCGUCGAUCAAUUGAUGGUCAGUCCUUUCGGGAGGAAUUGGCGGGAUUAAGCGUUGCCACUGCUAUAGCUGAGGUGUAUAAGCCAAGUGAGUAUAAUCGUGUUCUUGCCAUCUGCGGUCCAGGGAACAACGGUGGAGAUGGCUUGGUUGCUGCUCGUCAUCUGUUUCACUUUGGGUACAAGCCAUUUAUUUGUUACCCGAAGAGAACUCCUAAACCUCUUUACUCUGGUCUAGUUACUCAGCUGGAAUCACUUUCUGUUCCUUUCUUGUCCGUUGAAGAUUUGCCUGCUGACUUGUCUAAAGAGUUCGACAUUGUAGUAGACGCAAUGUUUGGGUUCUCAUUCCAUGGUACCCCAAGACCACCAUUUGAUCAUCUCAUCCAAAAGCUGGUCGACUUGGAUGAUCCUACUGGUGUCCGCCAGAGGACUCCUGCCGUCGUUUCUGUAGAUAUUCCUUCUGGGUGGCAUGUUGAGGAAGGAGAUGUUAAUGGUGGAGGCAUGAAGCCUGACAUGUUGGUUUCUUUGACUGCUCCAAAGCUGGGGGCUAAGAAUUUUUCGGGUGCACACCACUUUCUAGGUGGUAGAUUUGUCCCACCAGCUAUUGUAGAUAAAUAUAAGCUUCAUCUUCCACCAUAUCCUGGCACUUCCAUGUGUGUUCGAAUUGGAAAACCUGCCCACAUUGAUAUAUCAGCUCUAAGGGAGAAUUAUAUCUCUCCAGAGUUCCUUGAGGAGCAGGUGGCGGCAGAUCCUUUUGUUCAGUUCCGUAGAUGGUUUGAUGAGGCUGUAGAGGCUGGAUUGAAGGAACCAAAUGCUAUGGGGUUGUCAACUGUUGGGAAGGAUGGGAAGCCCUCCUCAAGAAUGGUUUUGCUAAAAGGGUUUGAUCAGGAUGGGUUUGUCUGGUACACCAAUUACGAAAGCCAAAAAGCACAUCAGUUGUCUGAAAAUCCUCGAGCAUCACUCCUUUUUUAUUGGGACGGGCUUAAUCGGCAGGUAAGGGUAGAAGGAUCUGUGCAGAAAGUGUCUGAAGAAGAAUCUGAACAAUACUUCCACAGCCGCCCUAGAGGAAGUCAGAUAGGAGCAAUAGUUAGCAAGCAGAGCAGUGUGAUUCCCGGAAGACAGGUUUUGUAUGAGGAGCACAAAGAACUACAGGAGAAGUUCUCUGAUGGUGUGAUUCCGAAACCCAUAAACUGGGGAGGAUACAGACUUAGACCUGAACUGUUUGAGUUUUGGCAGGGGCAGCAAUCCCGAUUACAUGACAGAUUACAGUAUACUCCUGAAGAGGUAAAAGGAACACGAGUUUGGAAAAUUGUGCGGUUGGCCCCAUGACUGGUACUCUCAGCUUCCUCCUUGUGAAAUUCUGGCAGCAGAUAGAAGGGAGAAAGGAAGCAUGACGACCCAAAACAGGAUUGUGAAGCUCCAAUUUCCAGGAAGGAGUUCUUUAUCAAUUCUUUCCUGGCGAGGAAGCAGCAAGACAUGCUCAUCUCACGUAGUGAAGAGGAUAAUUUACAGUCUUGGUUGCUGUGUAACAAUAAUAAUAAAUUGAGAGUGAUAAAAUGUGAAUAAUUUUCUGUUUAUUUGUAUUUUGCCACUUAUUGAAUAUUUAUCCGGUGCCUGCCUACUCAAAGGUGGUGAUGGCGGAUUUGUCAGUUUAUUGGACUAUGGCAGAACGUUGAAGAAGAGCGGUAGUUUUUUUUUACAGUGAAAUAACUUCACCCCAUCGUUGAAAGAGCUACACCUACAUUUAGA